UAUGUUGCCAUGGGGAAACGUUGGUUCCGGAACAAACAGAAAAAGUAGCUGCGAAACAUCCUCUGGGAUUUACGAGAAUAUUUCAUUCCAACUCAACGUAAUCUAAAGAGCGCAUUUCAAAGACCAUCAUGGCAGAUGAGGGUAAAUGUAACAAACUGCUGCCACCAAGGGUCUCGAACCUCAGGAAGAACAAAAAGAGAAAUAACGCUACUGCUGCUGAUUCAAAACUAAGAGAUAAUCCUGGGAGUUUAUCUCCAAUAUCCCAACUGGCCCCUCAAGAUCCAGGUCAAACUCAGCUUUCCAAGUUUAGAGCUACCGGUACGAAACCCAAGGAUAAUUUCUCUCGGGGUGCCGGGAAGGCAAAAGAACGACAAAAGGAUGCAAAGAGCCACCUGUCAGCCUCUCAUACAAUCAGCAACAACAAAGUUCCUGGACAUCUGAUGAAGGCUGCCAACCAGGACAUGGCCAGCCUGAGGUGGGAAGGAGCGCUGCCGGACCCGCAGGAGGAAGAGAAAAGACUAGAGCGCUACAGAGCCAACAGGCGACAGCGGUACAUCGCACACAGAGAGGCUUUACUGAAAGAAGCCCAGUAUGCCAUGAGACAAGGAGAAAUGAAGACUUCAUCCAAAUGAACACCAUCAGGUGGCUCACAAAUCAACUCUGACUUACUUACAAGUUGUAUGUUCAGUUCUGCUUUUGUUUUGCCAUGCAAUAAAAAUAAUUACAGCGA